CGAGUCGCGGGAGCUGGGCGAGGAGCUGCAGCAGGACCUGAGCCAGUUCACCUUGCCGCAGCUGCUCAGCUUGGUGGAGGAAGCCAGAACCCACAGGAAUGCUGGUAUCCAGCAUCAACCGGAAGUAUGUAAGAGUUGCUGUGUCAAAAAAGAAGCAGAUACAUUUUAACACAUUGCUAGUGUGCUCUUAUAAUGCAUUAUAAUGCAUUGGAAACAGGACUAAACAAGAAGUGGAACAUUUUUAGUAUAAAGGGUAAUGAGGUUUUAUCUGGAAACUACAGGACAUACAUCGAUUGCAACCAAAGCAGUAUAACUCCCAAAACAUUUGUAGGUGCAAAUGGUAUUGGAACUGCAAUUGUGUAUAUUUGCCCCACAAGCAUCAUGAGCACAAAUCGUAAUGAAUGCACAAUAAAAAGGAUGUCUGGAGGAGCCCAUGGUCAAAGAUGGAGGAAGGUGUGGUCCAGCCCUGAUCUAUAGCCUGGCACAGAUGGUUAUGUACUGCUAGCUUGUCUUUUCCCCCUCCUCAAAAAAGCAAGAGGUCCUGGCUUCCAAGGGAUACACAUAAUCUUGUAUUGCUUGAUUAGUAUGUACUUUAGACUAAAGUUGUAGUACUGUAUGUAGUUCCUGUCUGCAAAACAUAGCUGGAAUCAUGCUGUCAGUCCCAUUAUGGCCAUCAGCCUUUUUAAUGGGUUUUACUACCUGGAUCCACAUAACAGCCAAGACAUGACAAGUAUCUUUUCUUGGCACAGGAGGCCUGUGCUAUAAAAGGGUAUGCUCCCCAUCCCAGUGUCUGCCCCAAACCUGUCAGGAAAAAUCUCAACAAACUAUACUUAUUCCAGAAAAGAAUAAUAAACACAACAAAGAGUACAAGGAAAAGUUCCAUGUUAUGUAGUGUGUUGGCCCUUGGUGGCCACAACCAUCCUAUCUGACUAAUACCCGUAAUAAAUUAAAUGGUACACACAUACUUUUCUCAUAUAUACCAAACUGUUGAGAAUUUAAAGCACAAAAAAUUACAUGAGAACAUUUUUUACUUAAUUUCAUUGUAACUGUUAACUGAUAUAUCAAACAUGAACAGAUAUUGAUAAACAGGAAAGCCAGGGCCACCUCAUCAAUUAACAGCGUGACAGAAAGAGAAGAAGUGAAUGGUACUUCUUUUGCCUCAGGCACUGGAAGGAAGAAAUGUGAAGUCCCAAUACUAGAUCCCAGGUUCAUGACCGAGAAACAGUGGCCUAGACAAUAGAAGAUUAAAGUGAAACGUGAUAGUAAUCUUUAAUAAAUAUUACCACAAAGAAGAUGGAAAUGGAUGUUCUCCAUAGAUGGAAGUCAUGGCAGUUCCAGGAAGGUAAAUUGAGUUGGUAUUGGUAAAAAUAAAUAAAUAAAAUUUAUGUGGGAAGUUUUAAACAAUAACCUCUAAAACACAUCUCAGACUGUUCAAUUAUCAUUGAAUUUGUAGCUGCGUUACUAACCCAAAUGGGGUUCUAAAAGUGGUUUAUAAGUAAUGUGCCCUCUCUCUAAAGAGCAGGUUACCUUAGAUUUCACCUUGAAUUCAUCUUCCUUGGAUUUUUUACAAUAGAGGCUGCUGGCAUCCCUUUCAGUUUGUGACAUCACAUGAAUCACAUAAACUACUAUGUUUACUCACCACAUCUUUCAUCUAUCUUCAGCCAUGACAAUGCCAUGCUCAAACUCGAGACAGCAAUGUUUGAGAAAUUUUUCAAUCGGAUUGAGCCAAGGGAUGUGGUGCCAGAAAAACUUGGCUCUUCGCUGGACCUGGGGCAAGUGCAAUAUACACGAGGCAGACGCAAGUCUAAAACCCGGAUAACAACAGACCGUUUGGUGUGUCUGACAGUGGAGCAGAAAUGUGACCUAGCACAACGAGAGCUAGAGGAGACAAAGGAAGACAUUCAGCGGAUAAAAGAAAACUCAGAAAGGAUCUUGCAGAACUACAUGGCUGUCCUGGAGGAAGCAGACAUUCGCAUGACUGACAUUAAGAAAGCCAUGCAGGACUUUGAUAAAGACAUAAUCAAAACCAUAACCAAGAAGAAAGGGAGUGUCAUAGCUUCUGAUAAGGUGCUGAGAUACAUGGAAGACAAGAUACGCUCCAGAGAUGUACUGAAAGAGAAAAUACGUUUGAAAAAUGAUUCCCUGAAAGUCCAGAAGAAGAAGAUGCAACUACAGCUCAAGCAGAAGGAGGAACUAGGGGAGGCACUUCAUGAGGUCGAUUUCCAGCAGCUGAAGAUUGAGAAUGCUCAGUUCCUAGAGAAGAUUGAUGAGCGAAACCAGGACCUGCUGCAACUGAAGCUGACUGUCGGCAACACCCUCCAAGUCCUUAACUUCUACAAAAAGAAACUGCAAAGCGCAACAGCCAUGGCCACCCACCUGGUGAAAGAUAUUGCCCAGAGAAAGGAGUCGCUUGAAAAAAUUGAACGUGAGGCCAUCCUCGUUGAGGAGGAACGGGACAUGACUGAGGUCCUGAAUAAAAAGCUACGGAGACAGCUGGCAGAGUACAAAGUGCCCCCUGUCCUCAACUAUGUCCAUGAGAAGAUGGCAGUCCAUGAACUAGAAAACACCAUCAAGGUCUGGGAGAGGAAGGUGGAAAUUGCAGAGAUGGCCUUGCAGAGCUACCGCAGUGUUUGGCACAAGGCAAAGCUGGCUAGUCAUCAGCUGCAGGCUCUUCUCCCAGAGCAAGGGACCCGCUAAGCAAGUUGGACGGAUAAAGAGGGUUUGUGAGGACCCAGCAGCCUGGCCUUUGAAGGGAGCGAGGGCCUCUGUAGGGAAGCUCCUGCUCCUCAGUCUCAUUUGGCUCUCUACCAGACCAGGCCUCUGCAGCUGUUGUCUUUCCCUUUCCUUUUUUGUUCCCAAGUGAAGAGUUACUUUAUAGUUAUACUAUCCGGCUAUAUUUACCGCUUUGGAGUCAUUUCAUCAGGGGAGGCACAUAAGGAGGCUUUGAAGUUUAAUUGCCCCAAAGAGACUUCUAGGGUAAAGUGACAGACAAGUAAUAAGAGCAUUAAUCAUUUCUCAGCUGUACAAAAAGGCCCUGUGCAUUUCUGAGCUGUCCAAGGAAUACCUGCAACGUAGCCUGUCAUCAUCCAGCAGGCCAGAAAGCAGAGCAGGAGGCUUCUAGGCAGGACUCCUCUGAGUCCUUGAAACUGCCCUAAUUUUGCUGUAGAAACGGGGAGAAGCUCCCCGCCAUAGUAGUCAUAGUAGACAGGAGCCGGCUUCUUGGCCCGUGACUCAGCUGGCCAUUCUGGGAGUUCCUGGCUGCUUUCCUUGGGCUGCUGUGUAUGAUUAGGGCCAGGGUGGUCUUCAGAAGGGCCUGAGAAGUUAAGUGCUGUCUCCUCCCCAAAGAAUUCAAACCUCCCUUGGCGCUCCUCGAUUGGAGUCCUGAAGGCAAAGUGUCUCGCACCAGGAAUGGGAGAGGCUGGAGCUCCCCAUUUUGCUGUUGUGGUCACGAUCCAGUCACCGUAAGAAGAUACUCUGGUGUAGAGAAAAGGCCCGUAGCACCUUGUACCCCCUUCGGUCAGCACUCCCUUUAGCACCCACUGUCUCGUUUCCUCUGCCUGACACAUGACUGGGUUGCCUGGGUAUCCCUUUGAAAGAGAAAAAAACAGUUCUAUUUUCUCUUUAUUUCAAAUACUUCUGCCCCAUCUCUCCAUGUGCAGUUCAAGUCGGCUAACACAGAAAUCAUAAAAUUCCAGAAAAGCCAAGACCUCCCAAAAGGAGUACAAAGCCAUCAUGUUAGGGAGGAGGAGUUUGUGUGCCUUUAGUGUCCAAUGAAAAGGUUCCAUCAGGAGCAGAAGCUGCUGAUUUGUUCUCUGUCACAAACCCCUCCAGAUGUGGACAGAGCAAGCAAAAUGGUGGCCAUAAUUACUCAGUUCCACAAACAGGGAUUGCCAGGAGCAGAUGGGUAUACAUUAGCGUUAGAGACAAGGCACCGCAAGCUGGCCACCUUAGGGUGUGAAAUGCUGACUUCCAGCAUAUGCCUGGAGAUUCAGAUGAUGAUUACAUUUAUAUCCCACCUUUUCUCCAAGGAGCUCAAAGUGGCAUAUAUGGUUUUCCUCCUCCCCAUUUCAUUUUCAAAAUAACCCUGUGAAGGGAGGCUAGGUAUACAGCAACUGGCCCAGGAUCACCCAGGAGCUUCACAGCUGAGCAGAGAUGUAAACCUGAAAUGUAUUUAGUAUUUACAGAUGGCCCUUAGAUAAGCUGGAUAAUUAAAUCCAGACUCAUCAUACUGUGCCCUGUUUUUAGCCAUCAGAAUCAUGUGAACGUAAGUUCCAAGGCAUAUCUGAAGAUACAGUUCUGUGCUCACCUAUAGGCUAUGGUUCAUCUGCCAGUUACCUGCCAGUUUUUAACUGGUCUUUUUGUUCAUUAACAUUGAGGAGCAUUUCUGGUAUUCUUUACCAGCUCAAAAGGUAUGCAAAUGCCACUUAGGAAUAGGUAGAUUUGCUCCUUUAUAAAAAGUUAUUUAAUAGAGUUAUAUCUUGCCUUUUAGAAAACAAUUAUUACAAGA